UAAAAGGGUUGAGCCCCUGUCUAGAUCUUUCGGAUCAGCCUUCUCGGAGCUUCGCUUUUAGGGGGAAGCAGCGAUUAAGUGAUCUGUCUUGGAGCCCACGUCUUAAGUCUUUUGCUCAGGGAUGGAGGAAAACCUUCAUCGCGGCGCGCAUAGCGCAUAUGAGCGUGAGGCGACAACCUCAGCAAAGCUUGGGCAGCUUGUUUUGGGAUCAGCAAAGCUGAGCUCAACGGCUGCAAGUGCCCCGCGAUGGUGGAGGAUGUGUCGCUACCGGCAGAGACGUUAGACGGCGCGUCGAGGUCCAGCGAGGUCCCCGCAGGCAUCGAGCGAGGGGUGGAGGGAGAGGUUCGUGCCGUCCCGUCGGCGCAACGUUCCCAGAGAGGAGGGAGCAGCCUGCGUUGAAUUCCCCUGGAGCGUAAACCGCCUCGCCUUCGCUGGGUUCUCGCUGUGGAUUUGCUAACAGAAAAACGUGCCCUGGAUAGGUGAAGGAGAGAAAAUAAAAGUCGGAGGCCGAAGGCGGAGAGCGCGUCCCUGCGUCCUUCGGGCGCGAGCCCGCGAACGAAGGAGCGUCUGUCAGGUUGCGGUUGAACGCUUGCCGGCGAAGGGAAGGCCUAAAUCGGCUUGUGCGGGUGCCAUCUGGUAAUGAGCUUUGGUCACCCGUGGGUGACAGCUUCAGUAUUUCUUGCGGCUUUCCUGAGAUACCUGAUUGUCAGGAGCAACGCAAUGAAGAGCCUGGCGCGCGUACCUUAACGGUGCUACGGUUUGACUAGGCUUAGACUGAAUGAGGCCAGAAGCGCGCUGACUGCUGAGUGAGUAAUGCAGCAAAAAUUGCCUUGAGAAGAGCCGUUCCAGUUCAGCUGUUGGCCAAGGCCUUCUAAAGAAGAAAGAGGAAAAAGCUUCCAAGCUGCAUUUAUAUAACGAAAGUUAUUUCCCUGUGACUUGUGCAGACCUGGAAGGGUUCACACUGUUAGACUCCAUCAGCUCCGCGUGAGGCCGGGAAGGAAAAUGUGACAUUCGGCAUUAAAAUCCAGCUGCUAACCGAUUUUUUUCCGACGCUCCUCUAGGAAUGGCUGUCGGUUUUGGUAGCUGGUCAAUAGGCAUUUGUUCUUUAAGCUACUAUGACUGGCUUUUGCAAAUGUGAUUGUUUGUUUGUUUGUUUGUUUUUUCUAAAAGUUUCUUUCUCCCCUUGAUCCCCUUUUCUCAGACUUGCAGCGUUGCAGGAUUAAAACGCCCAAGUUGCUUCCUGUUUUGUUUUGGGUUGUUUUUGGUUUUUGUUUCAGCAGCGCGGGAAGGUCACUCUGUGGUCACUGCCUUCCUGACGCUGAGAGCCUUUAAACCGAUUCCGGUUCUGCUAACGAUGGCUGUUUAGGGCACUUGUUUUUAGCCGUUAUUCCCAAAUUUCACACAGUCCCUGCGAGGUGAUGGACUUUUCUUGCAGGGCAGGAUCUCAAGGAUUUGGAAGAAACGUUUCAAACUGCGUAAAAAGAGUGGAGAUUUAAGGGCCACGGUUUUUAAGGGUCCACUUUCUGUUGGAAUCUGAGUUUAACACAGUGUUUUUUUUUUUCCUGUAAAAACUAGAGGGCUGUCUGAAGAAGAAUCAAAAAAUACUUAAUAUACUCAUUGGAAAUGGAGUAGGUCUGAGAAGCGAUGUGGAAAAAACACCAGGGCAACUUGAUCCUUUGGGGGAGCUGUUAAUCUGGGCCGCGUUUCACCGUAAAACAUGCCUUAUUUUUAUGAUUUUUUUUUUAAUAUAAAAUGUGCAGGUAGCUUGGACUCACGGUGGCUGAGCUGGUGACAACUCUGCACAUCCCACCAAGCAAUCUACUUUGUACCGGUGUCUCAUUUCCGCUCAGAUUCCUCUUUACAGGCAAUGACUGUGUUGUCCACAGGGAAGAAGGUAGGGAGAAGACCCAGCGUCCCCUCCACGGAGAACGAGAAGAGGGAUGUCUCUCGCAAACCCUCGUUCCUCAGCCUGCGUAGACUCGGCUGGCAAAUCCAAAUGUGUAACCUGUUUCCCGUUACACUUCUUGGGCUUUAAUUUCACAUAAUAGCCGGCAGCUUUAUGCUCUUUUCCAUCGUGGUCUUGGCGAGGUGGACGCUCCUGUGACCCGUUCCUGCCGCGAGCAGCGGGGCACGUGUUGUGAAACGCUGAGUGUGCACACUGGCGCAAGGAAGCGCUGUUUUUUCUUGUUUCAGAAGCGCGGGAACGUGCAGUCCGGGCAUUACCGAGGGCAGCUGGGGCUCCCAAGAGGGUUAACGGGAAUAAAGUUUGCUGGAAAGUGCUGCCGUCACUUCUCAUUAGUUGCGAUUGCACUGUGGGAAAGCUGCUGUCCGCGGCUCGUCUUCCCUCCCCGCCGCCCCGUGAAGUCGUCUUAAAACUUGCCCCACGUCCCUGCGUUGGGGACUGGGUGACGAGACGCCGGUUGCUCUCUGUGUCCUAUGCCAACAAACUUGUAAAAAAAAAAAAAAAAAAUCCUACUUUUCUUUCCAGCUGUUUUCAGGCCACCGCAGCACCUCGCACCUCUUUGCAUAGACUCUUCUCUCUUGUGUAACUCGCUUCUGAGACAGUAAAGUUAACUACAGUUGUGUAUAUUGUGAAUAACUACAGUUGUGUAUGUUGUGAAAAGAAAUCAAAAUAAAAACUCAUCCUAGACUGGUGUAUCCGAGUGCUUUGAAGCAAAAGGGUAGGGACCACUAGGCAAAAGAAACGCUGUUCUCGUUCUGCCAUUAAAUCCUUCCCGUCUUGUGUUGGGUCAGUCGAAUGCAAGAGCCUGGUCUGGUGGGUUUGGUCUUGGGUUGGCGUGUCAGAGCCUCAGGUGUUGCUUGUGGCUUUGCUAGUGGUACGUGGCUGACAGCCAAGUGGUAUGGCCAAGUCGCGUCCCCGAAUCGUGCUUUCCUGCCAGGGUGAAAAGUCUUUUCUCCUCCUCGGGCUCCAAGCGCUGCAUAAGGGCUGAUGGUAUGAAGGGGUGGGAGGUGGUCUAUGGCCUCCGGUGUCUUGGAUAAUUUCUAAAAUGCUUUCCAUUUCUAUUCCAACAGGAACUUGUGUGAGGCUACAGGACAAAAAUGUUUAACUUAAGGACUUGUGCAGCAAAAUUGAGGCCGUUGACGGCCUCUCAGACUGUUAAGACAAUUUCCCAACACAGGCCAGCAGCACCCAGGACGUUUCAACAGAUCAGGUGCUACAGCGCACCUGUGGCUGCUGAGCCUUUUUUGAGUGGGACUAGUUCAAACUAUGUGGAGGAAAUGUACUAUGCUUGGCUGGAAAAUCCCAAAAGUGUACACAAGUCAUGGGACAUCUUCUUUCGCAACGCCAACGCUGGAGCUGCUCCAGGCACUGCUUACCAAAGCCCCCCUCCACUGAGUACCAGCCUUUCUGCACUGUCACAAGCACAGUUCCUGGUUCAAGCACAGCCCAAUGUAGACAAACUGGUGGAAGACCAUCUCGCGGUGCAAUCUCUUAUCAGGGCAUAUCAGAUUCGAGGGCAUCAUGUAGCACAACUCGACCCACUGGGCAUCUUGGAUGCAGAUCUGGACUCGUCCGUUCCAGCCGAUAUUAUCUCAUCCACAGACAAACUGGAUCUUGCAGUGUUCAAGGAGCGGCUGAGAGUGUUAACAGUAGGAGGCUUUUACGGGCUGGAUGAAUCUGACCUCGACAAGGUCUUCCACUUGCCCACGACCACUUUCAUCGGAGGAAAUGAGUCGGCUCUUCCGCUCCGGGAAAUCAUCCGUCGGCUGGAGAUGGCGUAUUGCCAGCACAUCGGUGUGGAAUUCAUGUUUAUCAAUGACCUGGAGCAGUGCCAGUGGAUCCGGCAGAAGUUUGAGACCCCGGGAAUCAUGCAGUUCACCAACGAAGAGAAGCGCACGCUGCUGGCCAGGCUCGUCCGCUCUACCAGGUUUGAAGAGUUCCUCCAUCGGAAGUGGUCUUCGGAGAAGCGCUUUGGUCUGGAAGGCUGUGAAGUGCUGAUCCCAGCCUUAAAGACCAUCAUUGAUAAGUCGAGUGAGAAGGGAGUGGAUUAUGUUAUCAUGGGGAUGCCCCACAGAGGGCGUCUGAACGUUCUUGCCAACGUGAUCAGGAAAGAGCUGGAGCAGAUCUUCUGUCAGUUUGACUCCAAGCUAGAGGCUGCUGAUGAGGGCUCCGGUGAUGUGAAGUACCACUUGGGAAUGUACCACCGGAGGAUAAACCGUGUCACCGACAGGAACAUCACUCUCUCCUUGGUGGCAAAUCCCUCUCACUUGGAGGCAGCUGAUCCUGUGGUUCAGGGCAAGACUAAAGCAGAGCAGUUUUAUUGUGGGGACACUGAAGGGAAGAAGGUGAUGUCCAUCCUCCUGCACGGAGACGCGGCUUUUGCUGGGCAGGGUAUCGUGUAUGAGACGUUCCACUUGAGCGACCUGCCCUCCUACACUACCCAUGGCACCGUUCACGUCGUGGUGAACAACCAGAUUGGGUUCACUACAGACCCCCGGAUGGCCCGCUCCUCUCCAUACCCAACUGACGUCGCCCGUGUGGUGAACGCGCCCAUUUUCCACGUCAACGCGGACGACCCAGAAGCAGUGGUGUACGUGUGCAACGUGGCAGCAGAAUGGCGAAGCACCUUCCAUAAAGAUGUGGUGGUGGAUUUGGUGUGUUACAGGCGAAAUGGUCACAAUGAGAUGGACGAGCCUAUGUUCACGCAGCCCCUGAUGUACAAACAGAUCCGGAAGCAGAAGCCAGUGCUCCAGAAAUAUGCAGAGCUGUUAAUUUCACAGGGGGUGGUAAAUCAGCCGGAGUAUGAGGAGGAAAUUGCCAAAUACGAUAAGAUCUGCGAGGAAGCCCAUGCCAGAUCCAAGGAUGAAAAGAUCUUGCAUAUCAAGCACUGGCUGGACUCACCCUGGCCUGGUUUCUUCACUCUGGACGGCCAGCCCCGGAGCAUGACCUGCCCCUCCACUGGUCUGAACGAAGACGACUUGACCCAUAUAGGGCAAGUGGCCAGCUCGGUGCCGGUGGAGGAUUUCACUAUCCAUGGAGGUUUGAGCCGAAUUCUAAAAACCCGCGGGGAGAUGGUGAAGAACAGGACUGUGGACUGGGCCCUAGCAGAGUAUAUGGCAUUCGGCUCCCUCCUCAAAGAAGGCAUCCACAUCCGCCUGAGCGGCCAGGAUGUGGAGAGGGGCACGUUCAGCCAUCGCCACCACGUCCUGCACGAUCAGAACGUGGACAAGAGGAUCUGUAUCCCCAUGAACCACCUGUGGCCUAACCAGGCUCCUUACACGGUGUGCAACAGCUCCCUGUCAGAGUACGGCGUCCUCGGGUUCGAGCUGGGCUUCGCCAUGGCCAGCCCCAACGCCCUGGUGCUUUGGGAGGCCCAGUUUGGGGACUUCCACAACACCGCCCAGUGCAUAAUCGACCAGUUCAUCUGUCCCGGGCAGGCCAAGUGGGUCAGGCAGAAUGGCAUUGUCCUGCUACUGCCCCACGGCAUGGAGGGCAUGGGUCCAGAGCACUCAUCCGCCCGCCCGGAGCGAUUCUUGCAGAUGUGUAACGAUGAUCCUGACGUCUUCCCUAAACUGGAUGACUUUGAUGUGCGCCAGCUGUAUGACUGCAACUGGAUCGUCGUGAACUGCUCCACUCCAGCCAACUUCUUCCACGUCCUUCGGCGCCAGAUCCUCCUGCCUUUCCGCAAACCGCUCAUAAUCUUCACUCCAAAGUCACUGCUGCGCCACCCUGAAGCUCGCUCCAGCUUCGAUGACAUGCUGCCAGGCACCAACUUCCUCCGUGUCAUCCCCGAUAGCGGCCCUGCGGCCCAGAGCCCCGAGAAUGUCAAGCGGGUGCUGUUCUGCACCGGCAAGGUGUACUACGACCUGACCCGGGAGCGCAAGGCCCGGCAGAUGGAGGCCGACGUGGCCAUCACCAGGGUGGAGCAGUUGUCUCCGUUCCCCUUCGACCUCCUCCAGAAGGAAGCGCAGAAGUACCCCAACGCCGAGCUGGUCUGGUGCCAGGAGGAGCACAAAAACCAGGGCUAUUACGACUACGUGAAACCCCGUCUCCGCACCACCAUCAACCGGGCCAAGCCCGUGUGGUAAGGAGCAGGGGCCGAGGCCCCGCUGCCGC